CUCUUUGCUCCCAGUUCCCUCCCAGCGCUCCCAGUAAGAGCGGCACUGGCAGGGAAAGCGCUCCCAGUUCCUGCCCGGGGCUCUCAGCAUCGCUGCCGCUGCUCUCCGUGUCAUUCCCAGCGCUCCCAGUAUCACUCGCAGCGCCGCGCGGGUGGCAGCUGCCCCGACCCCGCCCGGGCCAGAGCGCGGCUGCUUUUGGGUGUCGGCACCUGCCCGGGCCGGAGCGGAGGAGGAGCGGGGAGGAAGAGGAGGAGCGGGAAGAGGAGGAAGAGCAGCAGCGGGAGGAAGAGGAGGGACACGGGAGGAGCGGCAGGAAGAGGAGGAGCGAUUUUGGAACCAGGCGCUUCUGCCGCCCGCCCGCACAGAGCGCAGCUUCCCCCGGGUGCGGCAGCAUCGCCCCCCAAAAACCCGCAGGAUUUCCCAUAGCUUGGCAGCGAGGAGGAGGAGAAGGAGGCCAUGAGGACGCGGUCGAUGUCCCGGGAGCCGCAGGGAGACAAGGAGCUGAGCACGGCCAGCAGGGAGGACAAAUCCCCGCGGCACAGACUCGGGCAAGAGGCCGUUUGCAGCGACUCCACGGCGCAGGAAUGCAACGGGGAGGAAAAACCCCGCAGAUCCCGCAGCAGGAGCGGCUGCAAACGCACAGCCCGGGGAUCCCAGCAGGAAAGAGCCAGCCCGGGCCGGGGAGGCGGCCGGAGCUCGGAGCUGGGGCUGCGUGAGCAGCUUCACCGUGGGGAGAAGCCCCACAAGUGCUCUCAGUGUGGGAAAAGCUACAGCUGCAGAUCAGAACUGACCAAACACCAGAGACUCCACACGGGGGAACAGCCCUACGAGUGUGGGGAGUGUGGGAAGCGAUUCAGGAAGAGCUCAAACCUGAGCGUGCACCGGAAGAUCCACACUGGAGAGAGACCCUACGAGUGUGGGGAGUGUGGGAAGAGAUUCAGGAAGAGCUCAAACCUGACAGUGCACCGGAGGAUCCACACUGGGGAGAGACCCUACGAGUGUGGGGUGUGUGGGAAGAGAUUCAGCCGUAGCUCACACCUGAAGACCCACGAGAGGAGCCACACUGGGGAGAGACCCUACGAGUGUGAUAAAUGCAGGAAGAGGUUUCAGACCAGAUCCAAUCUCGUCCUGCACUAUCGCACCCACAAGGAUGAGAGGCCUUAUGAGUGUCAUGACUGCGGGAUGGGCUUCAAGCAAAACUCAAGCCUUGUCAAGCACCGGCGCAUCCACACUGGGGAGAGACCCUACGAGUGUGAUAAAUGCAGAAAAAGGUUUCAGACCAGCUCCAGUCUCCUCCUGCACUAUCGCACUCACAAGGAUGAGAAGCCUUAUGAAUGUCCUGACUGCGGGAAGGGCUUCAAGCAAAACUCCAGCCUCGUCAAGCACCGGCGCAUCCACACUGGGGAGAGACCCUACGAGUGUGAUAAAUGCAGGAAGAGGUUUCAGACCAGCUCCAGUCUGCUCCUGCACUAUCGCAGUCACUGGGAUGAGAGGCCUUAUGAAUGUCAUGACUGCGGCAAAGGCUUCAAGAAAAACUCCACCCUCAUCCAGCACCGGCGCAUGCACACUGGGGAGAGACCCCACAAAUAACCCGAGUGUGGGAAGAGCUUCGCACACAGCUCUCACUUGACCAGACCCCAACGGAGUCUCCACUGAGAGAAGCCCUGCGAGUGCCCCGAGUGCGGGAAGAGCUCCGUGCGCUGCUCCAGCUCCAUUCCCCAGGGCAGGAUCCGCGCUGGAUGAUCCCCAGUGACCCCCGGUGGGCAGAGCCCCGCUGAUCCCUGGUGCCGCUGAUCCGUGUUGGGAAGACACCUGGCUGGGGGCUCCACAUCCUCCUGCCUCCCAUCCCACUCCAAUUCCCAUUCCCACUCUCCUUCCCUCUCCCUGUCCCGUAUUCUCUGCCCGGUUGUCGUUCCCAUAUUCCCAGUCCCAUAUUCCCCGUGUGUUUGGAAGGAUAAGGAUUUGACAGGAAGCUCUCACAGAUAUGUACAUACAACAUUUCCAUUUCUGUAUUUCCAGUGCAGUUCCCAGAUUCCAAUUUCCAUUCCCUGUCCCAUCUUCUAAAUCCUCAUUCCAUAUUCUCUUUCCCCAAUUGCUAUUUCCAUAUUCCGUGUCCCAUUCUUGUAUUCCCAAUCCGUGUUCCUCUUUCCAUUCCCGAUCCCAUCUCCCAGUCCCCAUUCCCAGUAGUUGCAAUGUGUGACACAGAAGCAUCUCUCAGUCCCUUUGAGAGAGAGCAGAAUGCCAAAUUCGAAUUAAAAAGCUUCUGAGAAAUAAAAUACAUUAAGCCACGGCAAUAUGAAAUCGAGGUCGGAGCUUUAGUUUGGGUAAGUAGUAAUAUUAACUUGCAACGAUAUGAAGUAGAAGUAUAAAUCUUAGUUUGAAGUAUGUAGAAAUAUCUCUUAAGUGCCUCAAAAAAUGAAUGUUUUAGAGUGUGGUGCUAAAAACAAGCUGCAUUGAGAGCUUAAAAACACAGUUCUAGACAGACUAAAAAUAGAGUUAAAAUAGUUUUUAUAUUCUUCAGAGAGAAAACAAUGGUGAUGUGCACAAGUUAGACAUAAGUUUUGGAAUGGAGAACCAGAAUUCUCAAAGGUUUAGGAGACAUGCUUCAGGUUCCUGUUUUCUGAUCAUUGGAAAAUUUGUCAAUAAAAAUCCAUGUAUUGGAGCCAGAGCUCUCUCUCCCUCCUCUCUCGUUGCUCUCCCUUCCUCCCCCACCAUCAUCAUCACCACUACCAGCACAGGAGAUAAGAAGAAGAGGAAGAUAAAGAAGAAGA